ACAACCCCAUCCAUUGAAUACUCGCCUGAAAAUUGUUUUACAUCGACGCGAGUCGCAGAGUAACUGCGCCCGGCACCGCAGCCACCAGAGAAUAUUCUCCACAGAAGAUAAGGGCCAUUUAUUGCGAAGUAGAAAAAUCUACUUGGUCGCGAAACAAUUGCAAUUCAACGAAUAAGUCAUCGACCUGAGCAAUAAUGGCGACAUUGAGAUUGCUUGCGGCCGGUGCUAGUGCUGUGGGAGCUGGGGCAGUGACGACAUAUUUUUUUACAUCCGAUUCACCGGUAUUAGCUGAAAAGAAAGCACACAAGCCAGUAAAAAGACCACUACCUAGUCGAGAGGAGCAGGUGAAGAAUUUGAAGACUCAAGAUGAAUACGACGUACUUAUUAUUGGGGGUGGAGCAACAGGAGCUGGAUGUGCCUUAGACGCCUGCACAAGAGGUCUGAAGACUGCUCUCAUCGAGGGCGAUGACUUUGCCUCCGGUACAUCUUCUAGAAGUACCAAGCUCAUUCAUGGAGGUGUCCGCUAUCUUCAGAAGGCCAUCAUGCAAGUCGACGUUGAACAAUACAAGAUGGUGAAAGAGGCCCUUCACGAGCGUGCGCAGAUGCUUCACAGUGCUCCUCAUCUAGCUCAUCCUCUACCGAUUAUGUUGCCGGUUUAUACAUGGUGGCAAAUUCCAUACUACUGGUUUGGUAUAAAAAUGUACGACCUCGUGGCAGGAAGCAAAACCGUCAAAUCUUCUUACUACCUGAGUAAAGCGAAUGCCCUCGAACUAUUUCCCAUGUUGAAGGGUGAUAAACUGACUGGAGCUAUAGUGUACUACGACGGACAACAAGACGAUGCGAGAAUGAACCUGGCAGUGGCUCUGACUGCCUCGAGGCUGGGGGCAACAGUCGUGAAUCACAUAUCAGUGGUGAAUCUCCUGAAGGGACGCGAUAGGGAUGGAAAAACCAUUCUGACGGGUGCCCAUGUGAAGGAUGAAUUGACUGGGGAAGAGUGGGAUGUCAAGGCCAAGGCCAUCAUCAAUGCCACUGGACCUUUUACUGACACUAUCAGAAAAAUGGAUGACCAAUCAGUUCCAGAAAUUUGUUGUCCCUCUUCUGGAGUUCAUAUUGUACUCCCUGGAUAUUACAGUCCUGAUCAAAUGGGUCUCCUGGAUCCGUCAACGAGUGACGGCCGAGUAAUCUUCUUCCUCCCCUGGCAAAAGCAGACAAUCGCAGGCACAACUGAUCUGCCCUGUCAAGUAACGCAUAAUCCUCGACCCACAGAGGACGAGAUAAUGUUUAUCCUCCAGGAAGUGAAGAAUUAUCUGAAUCCAGACGUUGAGGUUCGUCGUGGUGAUGUUUUGUCAGCUUGGAGUGGCAUCAGACCACUCGUGUCUGAUCCGAAUAAACCAAAUACUCAGUCCUUAGCUCGAAAUCAUAUCGUUCAUGUUAGUCCAACGAAUCUAGUGACUAUUGCUGGCGGAAAAUGGACCACUUACAGGGCUAUGGCAGAAGAAGCUGUUGAUGCAGCUAUUGCAGCCUGCAACUUGGAGCCGUUGGAUCUCUCCCAGACCGAUGGAAUGCUCCUAGAAGGUGCCCACGGCUGGAGUCCCACAAUGUACAUCAGACUGGUGCAAGAUUUUGGUCUUGAGUGCGAAGUAGCCCAACAUCUGGCUAAAAGUUACGGUGAUCGUGCCUUUGCAGUAGCAAAAAUGGCAUCACUUACUGGCAAAAGAUGGCCCAUCAUCGGUAAAAAGAUUCACCCAGAGUUCCCAUAUAUCGACGCAGAGAUUCGUUAUGGGUGUCGCGAGUACGCGAGAACUGCCAUUGACAUGAUUGCGCGACGACUCAGAUUGGCAUUCUUGAACGUACAGGCGGCCAACGAGGCCUUGCCUGGAAUCAUCGACAUUAUGGCUGAAGAACUCAAUUGGUCAGCCGAGGAGAAGAAGAAGCAGCACAAAGAGGCCAGUGAAUUUCUGGCUAAUGAGAUGGGACAGAUGGUAAAUCGUGCCUCACGUGACAAGAUUCCUAUCAAUCUUACUAAGGACGAGAUUCAGUUGUACAUCAAACGGUUCCAAAUUAUUGAUAAGGAUCGCAAGGGCUAUGUGUCCAUCAACGAUAUUCGUCGUGGAUUAAAGCUAUUCGGCGAUAAGGAUGUGCCGGGUGAAGAGCUUCACGAGAUUCUCAAAGAAAUUGAUACUAAUAUGAAUGGUCAAGUCGAACUGGACGAGUACCUUCAGAUGAUGUCCGCAAUAAAGUCUGGCCAUGUCGCUUACUCAAGAUUCGCCCGGAUGGCCGAGAUGGAAGAGGCCCAGCAUGAAAAGGAUAUCCUCAAGAAAAUGAUCAGUGUGGACAGAUCUGGUGGUGGCCUCUAAAUUAACUCCGACAAAAUUGCUUGAAUUUUCCUUGAUUUAUGAUAAGGAUGACACUCGCAACAAAAUUCUGAUAUUAAAAUAUUCAAAUAUUCAAAUAGUAGGCAUUAAUUUUAAGCAAUUUGUUCAGAGUAAAAAACGUGCAAUGACAACAUACAGCACUGACAGGGGGCUGGCCUUCCCUGUGGCGUAAUGCCUAAACACGCAAAUUCUAGUUCAAUUUACUUAAACAUUGGUCGUUACAUCCCAACUACUCGUAGAUCUCUUUCAGUACUUAAGGAUUUUCUUCUGGAGAACUGAGUACUUUGGAUUUGACGAUUGAAUCAGUAACGAAGGGGUUAAAGAUGAGAAGUUUUAAGGCUUGUUGACUUUUACAACUUCACUGCUGAAAUAUUAGGCAAUUUAUUUAUUAUGUAUAUAAUUCUUUGCAAAUGCAAUGGUAUAACAUUUCAAUUCUAAUCAACGUCGUAAUUUUCGUUAAUUUAUCAAAUUCAUCGGUAUGAAUGCGCAAUAAUUGACAAAUCAAUAAAAGAUUCUGAAAUUAUAAA